AUGAAACUUCCUCUAUACACAUUACACAUAGCUGCAUCAAUCGAUGCAACUAUACAUGAGAAAUGUUCCCCAAUAUUACCAGCGUUAGAAGAAAAAAAGAAAUUUGAUGUUCAAAAUAACAGAUUAGUUGUCAAACAACUGAUAGAUAUUACCCUAUUUGUAGGAAAACAUGGACUUGCGUUUAGAGGCCAUAAAGAAAAGUGGACAGAUUCUGUCCGUGGAAAUUUUAAAGAUCUAGUUGUUUUAUUAGCUGAAUAUUCACCUGUAUUGUCAUCAUAUAUUACUCUUUUAAAAGAUAAGGGAAAAUCUAUUACAUCAUUAAUAUCAUGGCAACGACAAAAUCAGUUGAUUGAUGCUAUUUCAAAUUCAAUUAACAAUUCGAUCUCACAAGAAGUUGAAGCUGCUUGUAUUUUCAGCAUAUCUGUUGAAACUACGUUUGACAUAUCUAGACAAGAACAGGUGUCUUUCAUAGUGCGUUAUGUUGAUGAAAGCAAUGGUAUGAUCUAUGAACGUUUACUUGCAAUGUCUUCCACUGCAUCUACUAAAAGUGAAACACUAUUUAAUAUCUUCAAAGAAGUUUUUAAUAAAACUUGCCUUAAUUGGAAAAAACACCUAAUAGGACAGUCGUAUGAUGGUGCAGCUAAUAUGAGGGGUGAGUAUAAUGGCUUACAAUUUAAAAUUAAAAAUGAAAAUCCACACGCUAUUUAUAUUUGGUGUUGGGCUCAUCGUCUGAAUUUGGUUGUGGAACAAGGUGUUGCAAGUUGCCUUGAAGCAGUUGAUUUCUUUGGAAUUUUGGGAAAAGUCUUUGACUUUAUAUGUAGCAGUAAAAAUCGUGUUUUUCUUUUUGAAAAAAAUCAAAAAAUUCGUAAUCCCAAAUCACCAGUUCGUCGUUUGAAACGUGUAACUACCACUAGGUGGAGUAGCCAUUCUACAGCUUUAGGUACAAUUUUACUGACUUGGGAAUCUUUAGUUGAUACUCUGGAAGAUCUCAGGACAUCAGAAGCUUCAUCAGAUGCAUCAUCAUUUCUUUCAUAUUUCCAAUCUGAACGAUUUCUGUAUACAUGUUUUUUAUUUAAACAUAUUUUUUCUGUACUUGAUCCAUUGAGCAAAACCUUUCAAGCAAUAGAUGUAGACCUUAUAACAGCAUCAUCAAUGAUAAGAUCUAAAAGAGAACAGUUAUUAAAGCUCCGCGAAGACUUUAAAUCAAUUGAUAUCGAAGUGAAGCAAUUCAUUGAAAAUCAUAAAGAUGAACAUUUUACUCCUUUACCACAAAAACGAUCAAGAAAAAGAAAAAUGAUGCCUGGAGAACAAGCAAUAGAUGAACCAACUUCUGAAAUUUCUGACCCUUUGACUAAUUUUAAGUAUCACACUUUUUAUGUAGUGCUUGAUAUCAUAUGCAAAAUAAAAAUGGAUAAUAAAAAACUACCUAGUGAUGCAUUUGAAGACGUAGCAUCAAUAUAUUCAAAGUAUUUCAAUGCAGAAAUAUUAAAGACAGAAUUUAUAUGGCUUAUUAGUUGUUUUUCUGAUCUAGAAAAAACCAUUUGUUUACCAAAAUAUCUUCAUAAGGAUAAUAAAACAUAUUCUGAUUCUGAAUCCCAUGAUUCUGAUUCUGAGUCUGACGAAGAAUUAAUUCUUAAAGACCAUAUUGAAGAUUUUACUAAUAGCAACUCUCUUAUUUAUAUAUUUAAAAUAUUUUGCAGUUCAAAUAUCAGAUUUACACUACCAAAUAUUUACAUGCUGGUCAAAAUUGCAGUGACAUUACCUGUUUCCAGUGCUUCUACUGAACGCAGUUUCUCAAAACUUAAGCUAGUAAAAACUAGAUUGAGAUCAACUAUGGCUGAGUCUAGAUUAGAGGGCUUAAUGCGCAUUGCAUGCGAACAAGAUAUUCAAAUUAACACUGAUAGUGUUAUAAAUAAUUUUGCGAAAAAUAGUAGCCAGUUAUUAAAAUUAUUAACUUAA